AUGAAAAAUGAGAUUGUAGGAAACUCAUUUAUAUAUGUGACUAGGGCAGUAUGUAGUCUUGGGGGAACUGGAUACAGAACUAAAUGUGAUGAUUUGAGCCAAAUGAAUCUGAACAAAGAUGUAGUUAUACAUGUUAGACAAAAUCUUACAGAGUUUCGUAGUGAGAUAACAAAUCUUCAAACUGACCUUGGUGAAGUUAAACAUGAUCAGAACAAAUUAAAGGAGACUGUGGCAAUUGUCAACGUGGAUUUAUCAUCCAUCAAAACUCAGCAAACGAUUUUUAGAGAAAAAGUCACUGUCAGAGCUACAGACAUACAAAAAGACAUAGAUGCAAUUAAAAUGAACCAGAACACAUUUAAGGAGCAAGUUACAGCCCAAAGUUCAGAAAUUCAAAAAGACCUUGGUAUAGUUAAAGAUGAUCAGAUGAUAUUUAAAAAGAAGGCUGUACAAUUCCAGGAGGAUAUAACUUCAGUAAAAACUGAGCAGAUAGCAUUUAAGGAAGAAAUCACUGUCACAACUGCAAGCAUCCACAGAGACGUAAAUACAGUUAAAUUGAAACAGGACACUUUAAAGGAUGAAGUAACUGUCCAAAGUUCGAAAAUUCAAGAACAAUUAGGCAGCUGCAGGUGUGAAGGAAUUCACAAACUGGUGUUAAAGGAGUGGAAAGAUAAGGAAGAGAAAUUUGUAAAAACACCAUCAUCUGAAUAUAUUUCUAACAUUCUACAUACAGAAAACAUUGUCACAGUUACGGGUAAGCCAGGAAUUGGGAAAUCAGCAACAAUUCAUCAUGUUGCUCUAUUAAUGCAAAGUGGUGACUUAAAAUAUACUAUUAUACCAUUUAAAAAUCCUUCUGACAUUGUAACCCACUAUAAUGCUGAAGCAUAUCAAAUAUUUGUAAUUGACGAUGUGUGUGGAAAAUAUGUAAUAAACCAGUAUGAUGUUGAAGAGUGGACAAAAUAUUUAGGUGACAUUGACCAAAUUUUGAAGGAGGGCAAAACAAAAAUAUUGGCAACAUUGCGUCUUCAGAUUUUUCAAGAAAACCAGUUUAAACGAAUUAGCAUAUUUUCAGAGAAUGUAUGUGAUUUAUCAUCAAGAGCGUUUCUUCUUCCAUCAAAAAUAAAAUUAGAAAUAGCUAAAGCAUACCUCCCAGAGAAUGUUGUCAUGGAAAUUGCCCAAAGCCUCGACAAAUAUGAAUAUUUACCUCUUCUUUGUUGGCUUUAUUCACAAAAUUCAAAUACCAAUGCUUUGAAAUAUUUUGAAAAUCCAUUUCUAAUGUACACACAAGAAUUAGAUGAAAUGCAUGUCCAAGAGAAUAAGACAAAGCUGUGUGCUUUAUUCUUACUGGUUGUCUUCAAUGGUUGCAUUUUUGAAAGUACCAUUCGUGAUACAAAGUUCAGACAAACACUUGAACUCAUAUUUGAUAGCUGUAAUGUCAUACGUGGAACACCAACUGAUUUUGUUAUUCAUGAGUUGAAAACACUUCUAGGAACGUACUUGGAAUUAAGGGUAACGCAAAAGAAAGAUAAGACUGAGUCAAAUAACUUUGCUUAUCAUGCAGUUCAUGACAAAAUGUUUGACUUUUUAUGUUGUUACUUUGGUGGAAAAUUUCAAAAAAGUUUGUUAAAAUUUGCAGAUGAUGAUAUCAUAUGUUGUAGAAUGCAGCUGAAAGGUUUUUAUUUACCUGAAAACCGUGCAGCUUUUGAAAUAAUGAUUGAAAAGAACAACGAACAGGAUUAUUUUGACAGAAUUGUUGAUAUGUUAAGGAAUGGCAAAAUAUAUGAUAUAGUUUGCAACAGGCAAAUGCAAUAUGAAGUUUUCAGAUCGAAACUUAUUGGUCAUCUGCAACUACUUACAAACGACAAGAUGCAAACCCUGUUGCAUGCACAAGAUACAAACGGAAAAACUCUUACAUACCUAGUAUGUUUGAAAGGAUACUCAGACCUUGUGCAUUUCAUUAUCAAGAGGACAGAUAAUAUUAAUGAAGAUCAUUUAAGCAUAUAUCCACCGUUAGUUGGGGCUUGUGAAAGGGGAGAUGAUAUUAUAGUGCAGUUGCUUAUAAGUGAAGGGGCAAACGUAAACAAACUUGACGAUGAUAAUCAAUCUCCUUUGAUUAUGGCUUUACAAGGGUGUCAUUUUUCGGAUAGCCAUAAUGACAUUUCUACAAGACGAAAUCAUAGUGUAAUUAUAGACUUGCUAUUAGAAAAUGGAGCCCUAAUGGAUAACCUUGAAAAAUUUUACAAAUGUCUUUUCAUUGAGAAAAAUGUUUCUCCACUGAUUGGUGCAAGUUCCUUAGGAAAACUUUGUAUGGUUAAAAGAUUCAUACAGAGAGGAGACGUGUUGGAUGAAACAGAUGCCAGGGAAUUCACACCUCUGCAUUGGGCCAUUUAUAAUGGACAUUAUGAUACAGCAAAAUAUCUCAUUGAUGUGGGGUCAAACUUGCUUGUUAAUGAGCAGGAUGGUAGAAAUGCAUUUAUGUUAGCAUGCUAUUCUGGGUGUACUGAAAUAGUGAAGUACAUUUUAACUAAAGGAUUUAAUGUAAACCAAACUAACGAUAAAGGAUGGACUCCUCUAUUGUAUGCAAUAAACGGCAUGGGCGAAGCGGAUAACUCAGUAACAAUUGUUAAUUUUCUGAUAAAUAAAGGAGCUGAUUUUGGUCUCUGUAAUAAAGAUGGUAUAACCCCAUUGAUGCUAUCGAGUAAACAUGGAAUUUUGAAAAUAGCAGAGUUAAUUUUAGAAAGGCAUAUGAAUAUAAAUAUCAAUCAAACCGAUAUGAGCGGGAUAACUGCAUUAAUGUAUGCAAGUGUACAUGGUCACACUAAUAUUUUAAGUUUUCUUCUGUCCAAAGGGGCAAACGUACAUGUAGUUGACAAGAUGGGAUGGACAUGUCUGAUGUGGGCAUGCUUUAUGGGCUGUAAAAGUACUGCAGAAUUGCUUAUAUCUUUUGGAUGUGAAAUUAACGAGAAAGAUAUGCAUGGAAAAACGGCUAUUUUAUUGGCACUGAAAUAUGGUAACAUAGGAAAGGCUAAUGUAAAUAUAAAAAAUCCUGCUGGAAAUGUUGGAAACGCUGCUCUAAAACUAGCAGCAACUGAUAGCCAUACAAAUAUCUUAGACGUUCUUAUAAAAAAAGGAGCUGAUGUUAAUACUGUUGAUGAAGAUGGAAAUACUAUUCUCAUAUUAAUUAUAGAGAAUGGUCUUAAAGACACUGCAAAUUUACUGAUGGCAAAAGGAGCAAAUGUAAAUGCUGCCAGUAAAGAUGGAAAAACAGCUCUCAUAUCAGCAACAGAGCAUGGUCAUACAGACAUCGUAAAUUUACUUAUCACUAAAGGAGUGAAUGUGAAUACUACUGACAAAGACGGAAACACUGCUCUCAUAUUAGCAGCAUGGCAUGGACAUACAGAGAAUGUAGAUUUACUUAUUACUAAAGGAGUGAAUGUGAAUACUGCUAAUAAAGACGGAAACACUGCUCUCAUAUUAGCAGCAUGGCAUGGGCAUACAGAGAAUGUAGAUUUACUUAUUACUAAAGGAGUGAAUGUGAAUACUGCUAAUAAAGACGGAAACACUGCUCUCAUAUUUGCAGCAUGGCAUGGACAUACAGAGAAUGUAGAUUUACUUAUUACUAAAGGAGCAGAUGUAAAUGCUGCUGGUAAUGAUGGAAAUACUGCCCUCAUGUUGGCAAUGACGUGUGGUCAUACAGACACUGUAGAUUUACUUAAUAUAAAAGGAGCGGAUGUUACUGCUUCUGAUAUAAAUGGACAAACUGUUUUUAUAAUUGCUGCAAGUGCUGGUCGUACAGACUAUAUUAAUGCGCUAAUAACUAGAGGAGCGGAUAUCAAUGAUGCUUGUGAAAAUGGAAAAACUGCUCUCAUAUUAGCAGCAUGGCAUGGACACACAAACACUGUAGAUUUACUUAUAACUAAAGGAGCUGAUAUAAAUGCUGCUGAUAAAGAUGGAAACACUGCUUUCAUAUUAGCAGCACGUCAUGGACGGACAGACACUGUAGAUUUACUCAUUACUAAAGGAGCGGCUGUAAAUGUUGCUGAUAAAAAUGGAAAAACUGUCCUCAUAUUAGCAGCAUGGUAUGGACACACAGACACUGUAGACUUACUUAUUAGUAAAGGAGCAGAUGUGAACGCAGCUAGUAAAAAUGGAAUCACGGCUCUCACGUAUGCAGCAUGGACGCGACAUACAGAUACUGUAGAUUUACUUAUUGCUAAAGGAGCUAAUGAAAACGAUACUGAUGAAAAGGGUAAAACUGCUCUAAUGCUAGCAGCAUUGCAUGGCAAUUUGUACUCUAUAGAUUUACGUAUUACUAAAGGAGCAGAUGUAAAUGCUGCUAAUAAAAUUGGAAGCACUGCUCUCAUAUAUGCAGCAUUGCGGCAUCAUACAGAGGCUGUAGAAUUACUCAUUACUAAAGGUGCAGAUGUAAAUGCUGCUGAUAAAGAUAGAAAAACUGCUCUCAUAUUAGGAGCACGUCAAGGGUAUACAGACACUGUAGACUUACUUAUUAGUAAAGGAGCAGAUGUAUAUGCAGCGGAUAAAAAUGGAAUCACGGCUCUCACGUAUGCAGCAUUGCUGCGUCAUACAGAGACUGUAGAAUUACUCAUUGCUAAAGGUGCAGAUGUAAAUGGUGCUGAUAAAGAUGGAAACACGGCUCUCAUGUUAGGAGCACGUCAAGGGAAUACAUACACUGUAGACUUACUUAUUAGUAAAGGAGCAGAUGUAAAUGCAGCUAAUAAAGACGGAAUCACUGCUCUGAUUUAUGCAGCUAUGCUGCGAAAUACAGACACUGUAGAUUUACUUAUUACUAAAAGAGCAAAUUUAAAUGCUUCUGAUAAAAUGGGAAACACUGCUUUCAUACAUGCAGUAUUGACGCGUCAUCCAGAAACUAUAGAUUUACUCAUUACUAAAGGAGCAGAAGUAAAUGGUGCUGAUAAAGAUGGAAACACGGCUCUCAUGUUAGGAGCACGUCAAGGGUAUACAGACACUGUAGACUUACUUAUUAGUAAAGGAGCAGAUGUAAAUGCAGCUAAUAAAGACGGAAUCACUGCUCUGAUUUAUGCAGCUAUGCUGCGAAAUACAGACACUGUAGAUUUACUUAUUACUAAAGGAGCAAAUUUAAAUGCUUCUGAUAAAAUGGGAAACACUGCUUUCAUACAUGCAGUAUUGACGCGUCAUCCAGAAACUAUAGAUUUACUCAUUACUAAAGGAGCAAAAGUAAAUGGUGCUGAUAAAGAUGGAAACACGGCUCUCAUGUUAGGAGCACGUCAAGGGUAUACAGACACUGUAGACUUACUUAUUAGUAAAGGAGCAGAUGUAAAUGCAGCUAAUAAAGACGGAAUCACUGCUCUGAUUUAUGCAGCUAUGCUGCGAAAUACAGACACUGUAGAUUUACUUAUUACUAAAGGAGCAAAUUUAAAUGCUUCUGAUAAAAUGGGAAACACUGCUUUCAUACAUGCAGUAUUGACGCGUCAUCCAGAAACUAUAGAUUUACUCAUUACUAAAGGAGCAGAAGUAAAUGCUCCUUCAAAAAAUGGAAGCACUGCUCUUGGAUUAGCAGCAAGACAAGGUUGGAAGGACACUGUAGAUUUACUAAUUACUAAAAAAGCAGAUGUAAAUGGUGCUGAUAAAAAUGGAAUCACGGCUCUCACGAUUGCAGCAUGGCAUGGACAUACAGACACUGUAGAUUUACUUAUCGCUAAAGAUGCAGAUGUAAAUGGUGCUGAUAAAAAUGGAAUCACGGCUCUCACGUAUGCAGCAUUGCUGCGUCAUACAGAAACUGUAGAUUUACUUAUUACUAAAGGUGCAGAUGUAAAUGGUGCUGAUAAAGAUGGGAACACGGCUCUCAUGUUAGGAGCACGUAAAGGGUAUACAGACACUGUAGACUUACUAAUUACUAAAGGAGCAGAUGUAAAUGGUGCUGAUAAAAAUGGAAUCACGGCUCUCACGUAUGCAGCAUUGCUGCGUCAUACCGAAACUGUAGAUUUACUUAUUACUAAAGGUGCAGAUGUAAAUGCUGCUGAUAAAGAUGGAUACACGGCUCUCAUAUUAGCUACAUUCAAUGACAAAUUAGACACUAUAGAUGUACCUGUUACUGAAGGACUUGAUUUAAUCGCUGAUCAUAAAGAAGGAAAAACUGAUUUCAUAUUAACAUCAUUGCAUGGACAUACAAACACUGUAGAUUUACUUAUUACUAAAGGUGCAGAUGUAAAUGCUGCUGAUAAAGAUGGAAACACGGCUCUCAUGUUAGGAGCACAGUUUGGAUAUACAGAAACUGUAGAUUUACUUAUUACUAAAGGUGCAGAUGUAAAUGCUGCUGAUAAAGAUGGAAACACGGCUCUCACGAAUGCAGCAUGGCAUGGACAUACACACACUGUUGAUUUACUCAUUACUAAAGGUGCAGCUGUAAAUGCUGCUGAUAAAGAUGGAAACACGGCUCUCAUGUUAGGAGCACAGUUUGGAUACACAGAAACUGUAGAUUUACUUAUUACUAAAGGAGCAGAUGUAAAUACAACUGAUAAAAAUGGACUCACUGCUCUCAUGUUAGAAGCACAACGUCGGUAUAAAGAAACUGUAGAUUUACUUAUUAAUAAAGGUGCAGAUGUGAAUGCUGCUGAUAAAUUUGGAAAGACGUGUCUGAUGUAUGCGACGUUGCUACGAAAUACAGACACUGUAGAUGUACUUGUUACUGAAGGAGCGGACGUUAAUGCUGUUGAUGAAAAUGAAAUCUCUGCUCUUAAAUAUGCAGUAUUUUGUCAAGAUACAAACACUGUAGAUUUACUAAUUACUAAAGGAGCAGAUGUAAAUGCCUCUGAUAAAGAUAGAAAAACUGCUCUCAUGCAAGCAUCAUUGCAAAGACAUACAAACACUGUAGAUUUACUUAUUAACAAAGGAGCUGAUGUAAAUGUUGCUAAUCAAAAUGGACACACUGCUAUCAUGGUAGCAGCAUGGCAUGGAUUUACAGAAACUGUACAUUUACUCAUUACUAAAGGAGCGGAUAUAAAUACUGCUGAUAAAAAUGGAAUCACUGCUCUCAUGUUAGGAGCACUGGGUGGGUACACAGAAACUGUAGAUUCACUCAUUACUAAAGGAGCAGAUGUAAAUACAACUGAUAAAAAUGGACUCACUGCUCUCAUGUUUGAAGCACAACGUCGGUAUAAAGAAACUGUAGAUUUACUUAUUAAUAAAGGUGCAGAUGUGAAUGCUGCUGAUAAAUUUGGAAAGACUUGUCUGAUGUAUGCGACGUUGCUACGAAAUACAGACACUGUAGAUUUACUUGUUACUGAAGGAGCGGACGUUAAUGCUGUUGAUGAAAAUGGAAUCUCUGCUCUUAAAUAUGCAGUAUUUUGUCAAGAUACAAACACUGUGGAUUUACUAAUUACUAAAGGAGCAGAUGUAAAUGCAGCUGAUAAAUAUGGAAUCGCGGCUCUCGCGUUUGCAGCAUGGCAGCGACAAACAGACACUGUAGAUUUACUUAACGCUAAAGGAGCUCAUAAAAAUGCUGCUCAUAAAAAUAUAAUAACUGCUUUAAUGCUAGAAGCAUUACAUGGCAAUAUAUACACAAGGGAUUCACGUAUUACUGAAGGAGCAGAUGUAAAUGCUGCUGAUAAAAUUGAAAGCACUGCUCACGUGCAUGCAGCAUAUUUGCGUCAUAUAAAGAGUGUAGAUUUACUCAUUACUAAAGGUGCAGAUGUAAAUGCUGCUGAUAAAGAUGGAAACACUGCACUCAUAUUAGCAACAUGGCGUUGUCAUAUAGACGCUGUAAAUUUACUCAUUACUAAAGGAGCAGAUGUAAAUGCAGCUGGUAAAAAUGGAAUCACGGCUCUCAUGUUAGCAACAAGGCGUGGUCAUACAGACACUGUAAGUUUACUCAUUACUAAAGGAGCAGAUGUAAAUGCUGCUGAUAAAGAUGGAAACACUGCACUCAUAUUAGCAACAAGGCGUGGUCAAACAGGCACUGUAAGUUUACUCAUUACUAAAGGAGCAGAUGUAAAUGCUGCUGAUAAAGAUGGAAACACUGCACUCAUAUUAGCAACAAGGCGUGGUCAUACAGACACUGUAAGUUUACUCAUUAAUAAAGGAGCAGAUGUAAAUGCAGCUGAUAAAAAUGGAAACACGGCUCUCAUGUUAGCAGCAAGGCGUGGUCAUACAGACACUGUAAAUUCAAUUAUUGCAAAAGAAGCUGAUGUAAAUCAUGCGAAUAAAGAUGGAAGAACUCCUCUAAUUGAAGCGGCAAAGGCUGGUCAUGAAACUACUGUAGUUGUCCUUAUUUCUAGAGGGGCAGAUGUAAAUGCUGUUGAUAGAUAUGGAAACACUGCUCUCAUAUCAGCUGCAAGUGCUGGUAAAGAGAAGACUGUAAAUUUACUUAUUGCUAAAGGAGCAAUUGCUACUGAUAAAGAUGACAAAUCUUUGCAGAACACAUGUAAAUGCUGCUGA